AUGCAGCAUUCACUUCUUCUGUCCGGCGCUUUAUUUCCGAGCGGGGCGCGCAGCGGCGGCCGCUCCGCAGCCGCGGAUGUCUUUCGCUGCACUCCCGCGGCGCCGCUUCUGAGCGCGGUACGAACCAACGCCGCACUUUUUCGGGCGGAAAAAAAUACCGGGGGGGACUCGCGGCGGCCGGGCCGAGACCCCCGGGCGGGCGCCCCCCGGAGCGGGACCGUCGGGGCGCCCUGGAGAAGGGGAGCGGACACCUCCCGGAGGGCCGGGGGGAAUGAGCGGCGGGAGGGGGGAAAGGGAGAGAGGCACCGGGGCCUGGGGAGAGAUCGGGCCAACGGGGUAAGCUCCCCCCGCCCGACAACGGGUCCCCCCGCUCUGCGGCCGGCAGCCUCCUCUCUUUUCGUUUUCCCUUCUAUUAUUGUUUAUUUCUUUCUUCACCCUGCCCCCCGCCCGACUUUGUCUCGGGUCGGGGGGAGGCGGCUGCCCCCCCGUGCCCGGCCGUGCUGCCCGCCCGGCCCGGUGACACUGCCGUCGGUUUUCCUGCGCCGUGUCAACGCUUCGGCCGGGUGUUGGAGGCCGCGUUUCGUGAGCUCGGCUCUCGCUUGUCCGAGGCAGAGCCUCAGGGCAGCUCCGCGCCUGCGGGGAGCAAUGCGGGUACGACAGCUCCGUACUCAACCCCUGCUGCCGCGGGGGCCUUUGCUCGCCUUCUCUAUUGGAGUCUCGAACACCUCCCGCCCGCCGCAAGGUGGGGGCUGAGGUUCGGAGCCGGUCCGUGUGGGUGGCACGGUGCGAGCGGGGUUCCGAUGGGGGAUGCGGAGGGAGCUGGAGAUGAACCCCGGCCCGCGACCCCGGCUAACCCGGCCCGAACCGUCGGCGGAGGAUGGACGCAUCGCAGCGCCGGCCCGAAACCGGGAGAAAGUAAUGCGAGGGGAAGUAAUAGGAAGGAAAAACACCGAAAGCAACGAAUAAUAAAAGGAAAAAUAAUAAUAAUAAUGAGGGGGGCGAGGGGGGAAGAAAAAAAUAAUAAAAGGGAAAAUAGUAAUAAAAGGGUAAGUAAUAAAAGGAAAAUAAUAACAGGAAGAAAUAACAAAGGGUAAAUUUAAUAAGAGGAAAAAGCCGCAACUCCAGGGGCCGCGGUGGCGCUGAGGAAGAGCCGCAGCCCUUCGGCCUCAGCCCCCGUCUGGGCGGCGCUGGGGCCGUGUGAGCGCGGAGCUCCGUGCGCGGCCGGCCCGGGCCCGGGGAUGCUCCCGCGGGUGCGCCACAGAGCGCCCGAUAACAGCGGCGGGGGCGGACCCCCAGCACCGCCCCUCUGCGCUCCGGCGGGGUUUGGCCCCUUCCCGGGGCCGCCGGGCGAUGCGCGGAGAGCCGGCCCGGCUGGCAGCCCGGCCGCGUUGAACAUUAACCGGCCCCACACGCCGCGGAGCAAAACGAAUCAUCUCGCAGGUUCUAACAAAACGUCCCGUAAAGGCCACCUCGUAUGCACUCAGCGCUCUCGGCUCUGAGCCUUGCCGGUGCGAUGGAGUACCUAUCUGCCACCCCGCUUCCUCCCACCCUGCCCCCAAAUGCUGCCCGCGGCCCUAACCGCGGCCCCGCAAGCCCCUGGGUGCCGGCGUGCGGCUUACGGGAGCUGCCCCAUACAACAGAGACACCCUAUACACCUCGGCCUGGCCCCGCCGUGUGCGGUCGUUACGUGUUUUUCUCUGGAUUAAAAAGAAAAUAAAAAGAUUUUUUUUUUUUUUUAAUCCCAAUGCUGCGCGGUGCUGUGCAGCCCCAUGGGCGGGGAUCGAUGAGCACGCAGG